AUGGCCAGAGACAUGCAAGUGAAGUUUGAUAAAUAUUGGAAGGAGUAUAGUCUAAUCUUGGCUAUGGGAGCAGUUCUAUAUCCAAGAAUAAAGAUUGAGAUGCUUGAAGCUUCUUAUAAAGAAUUGGAUCCUUCUACUGCUAGCUUAAAGACUGAAAAACUCAAGGAAAGUUUGAGUGAUCUCUAUAAAAAUAUCAGAAACUGUCUCAAAAAGUUCUUCAGGGACUUUUUUGAGCUGGAAAAAGGCAUUGGUGGUGGAGCUGGUGAUCCAAAGACACAUUUAGAUAUCUACUUGGAAGAGCCAAGGCUAAAUAGGAGGGCCAAUAUAAAUUUGGAUGUCUUGACUUAUUGGAGAGACAACCAGCAUCGAUUUGGAGAUUUAGCAUCUAUGGCACGUGAGAUCCUCAGCAUUCCGAUCACCCCGGUAGCUUCUGAGUCUGCCUUCAGUGCUGGAUCUCGGUACAAUUGA